UUUGGAUCUUUGCAGGGACAACAGAUGGAGACACCUCAAGAAGUCGUCUUGGGAAUUUUAGAAGAUUUGGGAACCGACGACUUUGAAAAAUUUAAGUGGUUCCUGCAGCAGAAAGGGACCCUAAAAAACUUCCCAGCAAUCCGAAAGAGUAAACUGGAGAAUGUAAACAGGGUGAACACAGUGGAUAUGAUGUUCCAGACCUACAGUAUAAACACUAUUAAUGUGACCAGAAUAGUUUUAGUGAAGAUCGAUCAAAAUGAUCUAGUGGAGAAUUUAUCAAACAUCAUCUAUGAACCUGCAGAGAUUCUUGCUGAGUGCCAGCGAAAAGUCAAAUCCAACUUACAUAAGACAUUCCAGCUUGUGUCUGAGGGGAUUGCUAAAGAAGAAAAGUCAACCCUUCUGAAUCAGAUGUUCACAGAGAUCUACAUCACAAAGGGAGGGACUGCAGGGGUCAAUGCUGAACAUGAGGUCAGACAGAUUGAAACAACAUGCUGGAAACCAGACAGACCAGAAACACCAAUCAGACGAGAAGACAUCUUUAAAACUCCACCUGGAAGAGAUAAACCAAUCAGAACAGUGCUGACAAAGGGAGUGGCUGGCAUCGGGAAAACAGUCUUAACACAGAAGUUCACUCUGGACUGGGCUGAAGGCAAAGCCAACCAGGACAUCCAAUUCACAUUUCCAUUCACCUUCAGAGAGCUGAACGUGCUGAAAGAGAAAAAGUACAGCUUGGUGGAACUUGUUCAUUACUUCUUUAGUGAAACCAAAGAAGCAGGAAUCUGCAGCUUUGAAGAGUUCUCGGUUGUGUUCAUCUUUGACGGUCUGGAUGAGUGUCGACUUCCUCUGGACUUCCUCAACACUGAGAUCCUGACUGAUGUAACUGAGAUCACUUCAGUGGGUGUGCUGCUGACAAACCUCAUCAGGGGGAAACUGCUUCCCUCUGCUCGCCUCUGGAUAACCACACGACCUGCAGCAGCCAAUCAGAUCCCUCCUGGGUGUGUUGACAUGGUGACAGAGAUCAGAGGAUUCACUGACCCACAGAAAGAGAAGUACUUUAGGAAGAGAUUCAGAGAUGAGGAGCAGGCCAGCAGAAUCAUCUCCCACAUCAAGACAUCACGAAGCUUCCACAUCAUGUGUCACAUCCCAGUCUUCUGCUGGAUCACUGCUACAGUUCUGGAGGACGUGUUGAAGACCAGUGAGGGAGGAGAGCUGCCCAAGACCCUGACUGAGAUGUACAUCCACUUCCUGGUGGUUCAGUCCAAAGUGAAGAACAUCAAGUAUGCUGGAGGAGCUGAGGCAGAUUCACCCUGGAGUCCAGAGAGCAGGAAGAUGAUUGAGUCUCUGGGAAAACUGGCUUUUGAGCAGCUGCAGAAAGGCAACCUGAUCUUCUAUGAAUCAGACCUGACAGAGUGUGGCAUCGAUAUCCAAGUAGCCUCAGUGUACUCAGGAGUGUUCACACAGAUCUUUAAAGAGGAGAGAGGACUGUACAAGAACAAGGUGUUCAGCUUCAUACAUCUGAGUGUUCAGGAGUUUCUGGCUGCUCUUCAUGUCCAUCUGACAUUCACCAACUCUGGAUUCAACCUGCUGUCAGAAGAACAAAGGACAUUGUGGUGGUCUGAAGUGUUCAGAGACAAAUCAACACGUUUCUACCAGAGUGCUGUGGACAAGGCCUUGCAGAGUCUAAAUGGACACCUGGACUUGUUCCUCCGCUUCCUCCUGGGUCUUUCACUGCAGACCAAUCAGAAUCUCCUACGAGGUCUGAUGACACAGACAGGAAGUAGCUCAGAGACCAAUCUGAAAAUAGUCAAGUACAUCAAGAACAAGAUCAGUGAGAAUCAUUCUGCUGAGAGAAGCAUCAAUCUCUUCCACUGUCUGAAUGAACUGAAUGAUCGUUCUCUAGUGCAGCAGAUCCAAAAGGCCCUGAGAUCAGGACGUCUCUCCACAGAUAAACUGUCUCCGGCUGACUGGUCAGCUCUGGCCUUCAUCUUACUGUCAUCAGAGAAAGAUCUGGACGUGUUUGACCUGAAGAAAUACUCUGCUUCAGAGGAGGCUCUUCUGAGGCUGCUACCAGUGGUCAAAGCCUCCAACAAAGCUCUACUGAGUGGCUGUAACCUGUCAGAGAGAAGCUGUGAAGCUCUGUCCUCAGUUCUCAGCUCCCAGUCCUCUAGUCUGAGAGAGCUGGACCUGAGUAACAAUAACCUGAAGGAUUCAGGAGUGAAGCUGAUCUCUGAUGGACUGAAGAGUCCAAACUGCACACUGGAGACUCUCAGACUGAGUGGCUGUAACCUGUCAGAGAGAAGCUGUGAAGCUCUGUCCUCAGUUCUCAGCUCCAAGUCCUCUAGUCUGAGAGAGCUGGACCUGAGUAACAACAACCUGCAGGAUUCAGGAGUGAAGCUGAUCUCUGAUGGACUGAAGAGUCCACACUGCACACUGGAGACUCUCAGUCUGUCAGGCUGUCUGAUCUCAGAGGAAGGCUGUUCUUCUCUGGUCUCAGCUCUGAGCUCCAACCCCUCCCAUCUGAGAGAGCUGGACCUGAGCUACAAUCAUCCAGGAGACUCAGGAGUGAAGCUACUGUCAGCGGGACUGAAGGAUCCUCUCUGGAGACUGGACACUCUCAGGUACAAACACUGAUGAACAAAAAGGAGAUAUUUAUGUAGGAAGUUUUAAAGGAGAACAUCUCCAGGAACUAAAAUGAUAACUUCCUAUCUGCCCGAGCUUGUCGUAUAUGACAAAAAAUAACGGAAAACAGCAUCUCUGAUUCAUAUUUUUAAAACUUUUACAGCAAUAAGAGCUAGAGACUUACCAUCUUUUCCAGCUAAAAGCUAACACUCUGGCCGUCACAGGGGUGUCUUUGGGGUCUUUGUAGCUCCUACAGGAGGUUUUCUAUCCCGCCUGGAACUUGUACCUUUUUUCCGGGUCUUUGAGCAAUAAGUCCAAACUCUUACUUCCAAGAUUGAUCCACUUUAUGUCCAUAAUUUGUGAAUUUUCGGCCGCUGAUCGCCGCUAGUUCUGAUGCUAACCAUCCAUUUUGUUUCACAUAAUGCUUUGGGAGACCCUUGUUUUUGUCUUGUAAACCAAUGGAAGGCAGGUCCGUCACACAUUAGGCCCA